UUAGGCUAAAUAACACGUCGAUUUGUCGUGGCGUCGCGUACCAAAUCGUAAUAUCAACGCCGUCAUCAUCGUCGUCGUUGUCGUUAUCGUCAUCGUUGUCGUUGUCAUUGUCAUUAUAUUAUAUUAUUUUGUCAAACAUAAUAUCGUGUCUCUUCGAGAUGACGCGACCAUAUCAAACGUCCAAAUAAUCUUCUUCUAUAUCUACAGCCAUUUUCUCUCACUUUCUCUUUCUCUCUUAUUUUCUCUCUCUCUCUCUCUCUCUAUCUCUAUCUCUAUCUCUAUCUCUACCUCUUUCGCCGCGUUACCGAUCGUUCCUGUCGGAAAGGGAAGAAUGUUAAACAUUCUCGAUGACACCUACGCGAUGAAUGCUAGUACAGGAUAAAGGAAAGAGCAAAGGAACGUGGGUCGUCUCAUCUUAAAGAAGGUCAGAAGGAGAAGAAAAUAUGGGAAAAGGCGAUAAAAGGGGAAUAGCACAGCGUAGCGACGCGAGCACCAAUAUCGUUGGGAAGUUUACACAAAGCGUACGUAGAAUCGUUCAAGAUGUCAAGGACGAAGGAACGUCGAGUGGUCAAACGAAGGAAGAGGUCAUAGAGACAAAUGAACGACUGAGAGUAGUAAGGAUACGUCUCGAAGGAAGUUAUGACACCGCUAAACGUGCUCUAGUAGACCUGAUGUGCAAGUAUACGAACAGUAAACAAGUCCGUAACGUGUUCCAACGUUACAACCUCCUGAAAGUUAUGAUCAAGGAUGUGAUCAAACUGGAGACGCAGUACUGGACCCUGGUAGAUAUACCAAGGCAAGAGAAACAAGAAACCGUUCCUGCUUUCGUCCUGCGUGCCUGUUCCAUCAUGGAAAAGACACACAAGAGCGGUGAGGGCGUUAAAACCUCAGCACGAUUGGCGGAGGAAGCUGAAACGAAGAGGGAACGAAUCGAAAGACUCGAGGGUAUGACAACGGCAAUGAUCGAAUCGGAGAAUACCCAGAUGACCAAUGAUCUGUACAGGCUGCUGAAAAAGUAUACGGGACUUAGGAAUCUUAUUCGUGUUUUAAAGGAGGAGUACAACAAUUCCAAGAUAUAUCCUAUGUUUCCACGUUACACGAUCCUGAAGGAUAUGAUAAAGGAUAUAAUGCACAGUCCAGAUUACAUGGAGGUUUGUCACGAGUUGGAUCAAGCAUAGCGGCCGGACCCCCUCCACCGUUCGCCACGGAUGACCUUAUAAAUUGAAGGUCAUUUUGAGGCGCAUCGGUGAAGGGGGUGCACAGACCAUGGUAUCACCUUAUUCCUAAUUAAAUCGAAAUAAUUUAUUAUAAUCCUCGGCUUUCUUUCGAGAUGCUCUUUAUAGAUCUAUCGCAUUUCUUUUUAUUUAUUUAUUUAUUUUAUCUUUUUUUCCCCAUAGCGAUAGCUCAUCUCCUUUCUAAUUAUAAAUAUAUGAUAUCAAGGAUGAUUAGAAAUAGUAGAUAAAUUUUGAUUUUAUUUUUCUUAAACGCAUCAGGACGAUCGAAUAAUCAUGAUGCGAGCUUUUUUAAAUCAGUUUUUCUAAUCGAAUGAAAAUAUUCAGAAAUAUCGAAUUUUUAUUAUAGUAAUGUAAAAAAAAAAAAAAGAAAUCGAACGAACAAGAACGACGAUCGUCAAUGCGUUGAAAUACAUUCUUCUUUUUUUAUUAUUAUUAUUUAUUUAUUUAUAUUUUUUUUUAUUCUUUAGUACACGUAUAUAUAUAUAUAUUAUUUACCAAGUAAUUUUCUCGAAGUAAUGACUUAUUAAAAGCGUAAAUAUCGCAUAAAAUUACGUAGUGGAGAAGUAAUAAGGAAAAAAAAAAAGAAAGAACAAAGAAAGAAGAAGAAAAAGAAGAAAAGAAUUAAUAAAAAAAUAAAAGAAAAGGAACACCCUUUAGAUUCUGAUCUCGAUCGGAAUAGCCGCUUACACAUUCGAACACAAAAUUUUAAUGAGCGAAUCGCGCGAAAGUUCUCAUAAACUCUCGAUCGCGCGGCUUACCUUUGUGAUUUUUAUUAAUCAAAGAAUAAUGAAGAUGAAAAAGAAGAAUAAGAAGAGAAAGAGGAAGAGAAAGAAGAAGAAGAAGAAGAAGAAGAAGAAGAAGAAGAAGAUAAUAAAAAAAAACAUACAAGAGAGAGAGAGAGAGAGAGAGAGAGAGAGAGAGAGAGAGAGAGAAAGAGAGAGAAAAAGAGAGAGAAAGAAAAAUGUUGCUAUUAACGUCGCUUGUAAAAUCAAGAUAAUUAGAUAGGAAGUAAAACACUUGGCCCUUUCCCUUUUAACACCCCAUAGCCUUCAUCUUCAAUUUGCCGCCAACCAAUCAACCAACCUCCCCUCCUCCCACCUCACCCUUACUACCCUGAUCAUUCAUAUCAACAAUUUCCCCGAUACACAUUUGUAUAUAAUAAUAAAAACGCGUGUUAGUCCUUGAUAAUUCGUCUGGACGUAACUGCGAAAAAUUAUGAAAGACAUAAGUGUGAAACAGGACAUUUUCUUUUUUGCUUUAUGCGCUCGAACUCGAUUUUCAUGACAACGCGUAUGGGUUGCGUAUAUAUGUGUUGUGUCAGUAGAGAGAGAGGAGAGAGAGAGAGAGAGAGAGAGAAAAUAAAAAAAAGGAAAAAAAAGACAACGUUAUCACGUAUCCCGUACGUUAUCACGAUUAUCGUAUACUUAUCGAGUUUUUGUAAAGAAGAAGAAAUAAUGAAAAAAGUUAAACUAAGAAAAAAAAAAAUAAAACAAUUAAGGAAUAAAGAAAAUUUAAUAAAAAAAAAAAAGAAAUAAAAAUAAAAAACAGAAAAAGAAAACUUGAUAAUAACAACGGGAAAAGAAAAUAUGAAAAGGGAGAUAAAACAGAGACAAGAAGAAGAAAAAAAACUUUCGAUUUUCCGAGAAAAUUUAGUCGAAUUUCCGCGAUCCUGAGAUAAGGAAACAGUGAUAUCUUCUAUACCUACACAACAGGACAAAUAGUAGCGAAGAAAAAGAACAAAAAGAAUCCGUCAUUGUCUGAAAGAAAAAAAAAAAAAAUGAAACAAAA